ACGUCGCCUUGCGCGCGCAGGAAUUUUGUCUGGAACCGAAUGUAAAAUGGCGGCUUUGUUGUGUUUUCUGUUGCUUGUGUGCAUUUCCCUUCCAUUUGGGUCAGAAUGCCUUCCGGAGCCAGGAAAAAAGACUAUGGAGUUCAACAAGGAUAAAAUGUUCCAAAUAUUUCCCAAGUCCUUAUAUAAAGACGCCAUCGUUUCCAUCAAAGGCAGCUGCAAAUCAAAAUCAGGGACACCAAAGAUUUCCAUCCAGUGGCGGUUCAAGACUGUCAAGUGUGCCAAUCAGUAUGUUGACCUCAAAAGCAGUCUAUAUCCUCAAGUCUGGGGCAUGGAGAGAGACAGAGAGGUUGCUGGAUUUGAUGAGGUCCUGUGUUCCCAACAUAUUACACUUUCGGAUCAAUCCUCAGCAGUGGAGUUCAUAGCAACGACGACAGCUCCCACUGCAACAUCUAAAACUAUCAAGGAAAAUGAUGAGAACCCUCCAGAUGUUAAAAAAACUCUGCAGAAAAAAGCCCAUCAUAGUAAAGUUGUGCACCCAAAGAAACAUCAUAGUGAAGAAAAUGAUGAGACAGAUAAGGAACAUGUCAGAAGAAAAAGGCAUCCGGACCUUGCAGAAAUGCUGAGACGCAUCCAACGAAAUGCCGGAGAGGAAGCAUUGGUGAGGGUGAAAAGAAGUCCUGAUGCUGAUGACCCAGAUGAUCCCAUUGUUCCAGAUGACCAAGGAAAAAAUACAGUAGAUGAGGAUACCCCAAAACCAACAACACAUGGAAAUAAAGAAAUAAAAUCUCCUAAAACAGAAGUUGUUAAAAAGACACAGUCAACAAAGUCAACAAAAGGAUCUACUGAUGCAACAAAGAAAGAGGCAAAGAAAGUUGAACCUCCAACAAUGCAAAAAGUUAAACAAAAUCCACAGAAAAAGGGAAAGAAUGCAUAUCGGGUAGCCACCACAAGGAGAGAGGGCCUGUAUCUACUUAUCGUAAAAGCUGAGGCUGAGGAUGUUGAAUUUGACCUGAAGUUGGAGGUUUCUAUGGAAAGUGCGUCAGGAUUUUUGUCUGCUGCAGAUUGGCCUUUGCUUCCAUUUUAUGGCAUCAUGUCUUUGAUUUACCUUUUGUUUGGUAUUAUUUGGCUCAUCAUCUCGGCUUGUCAGUGGAGGGAUCUCCUGAGGAUUCAGUUCUGGAUUGGUGGUGUCAUAGCUCUUGGUAUGUUAGAGAAAGCUGUGUUUUAUUCAGAAUUCAACAACAUCAACAACACUGGGUUUUCAACUUCUAGCCUGGUGGUGUUUGCCGAACUUGUCUCUGCACUUAAGAGGACCCUAGCUAGAAUGCUAGUUAUCAUCGUCAGUAUGGGCUUUGGGAUUGUCAAGCCCCGUCUUGGCAGCUCACUCCACCGCGUGCUGGGGGUCGGUGGCUUGUACUUCAUUCUUGCUACUGUGGAAGCUUCAUUCCGAUCACUCACUCACUCUGCGGACCUGGGCAAGCAGCAGCUGAUAGCGGCGCUACCUCUGGCUGUGCUGGAUGCUGCUAUCUGCUGGUGGAUAUUCAUGUCCCUGGUGCAGACUACACGUACACUCAAGAUUCGCCGUAACGUCAUCAAAUUAUCCCUCUACAGGCACUUUACCAACACGCUUGUCUUUGCUGUUUUAGCAUCUGUAGCCUACAUGAUCUGGUCCAUCAAAACACACAAGAUGGUCAAUUGUAUCACGGACUGGUCGGAGUUAUGGGUGGACGAGGCGUUCUGGCAUUUCCUGUUCUCCCUCAUCCUACUGGUCAUCAUGGUAUUAUGGCGACCUACAGCAAACAACCAAAGAUAUGCGUUCACCCCUCUUGUGGACUUUGGCGAUGAUGAAGACGAGGAUAACAUGACACUUUCGGAAGCAUUUGAGGGUAUGAAAAACAGGAACAAUCUAAAAUCAACCUCAUCCGAAGCAAAUGGCGACCAGAGGAAAAAAGCGGAUGAUGACUUGAAAUGGGUCGAGGAGAAUAUCCCAACCUCUGCAGCCGACGCAGUCCUCCCAAGUGUGCUCGACUCAGAUGAGGAGCUAAUGACGACAAAAUUCGAAAUGUCCAAGAUGGAGUGAUGAGAAUCUCUGGCUAACCAGCUAAGCUCUUCUGGGAUACUCAGAAUAUCCAGUGAGGUCUAUGCAAGCGUGGGUUCUCUUUUAGUACCAUGUACGCAAACGACUCCGUUCAUCAAGAUUAUCCCCCAGUCUACAAGAUCCUACCACCUGUGAACAAGAUCAUACAACUGACGUACAAGUUUAUAUAUCUGUUGAUUAGUUUGGAGGUGACAACAGGGAAGAGAUUUUAUUUGCAAAUAAAAUAGCAACAUAGCGCGAAAAUAAAUUGCAAAUGCACUGUUGGAAUGUAUUGUUUAUUAACUGGACAAAACUUUCUGGAUUGAUCUAUUAAUACACUCUUUUUUUUAUAUAAGAAACGUUUUUUUUAUAUUAUAAUAUCCAGCCGGAGCUUUCGCCAAAUUUUAAACAGCCAUGGUCAGCGACAUAUUUGUUAUUGUUUUCCACCAAUUUUGGGAGACAAAUUACAAGAAAUCUUAAAACAACCACUGAAAAAUAAAAUCUUGUUCUUUAUUUACCACAUUAAAUUAAAGAUGUCGCAAUACCUCCUCCUGACAGAGGCUAAGAACAUGAUGAGGCUCUUUUAGCAGCAAAAUAUUGUUUUGUAGUCUGAUACGCUCUAAAAUUUAGAAUCAAAUUGUGUUCUUAAUAACAACCUUAAAUAUUAUUGCUAUUGAUCAUUUGUGUGAUUUUUAUAUACACUGGAAUUUAAGAACAUCGCUGAAAAUUAGACGUUCUUAUAAAAAAAGAGUGUACAUAAAUACACAAUAAACCAGCAUUUUAUGCUUUGUCUAUACCAACAACCUAUGCUGGAAAAUCAGGCGCGGAUGCGCGCCUGUUCACGUAACUAAGUCAAAAUGAUUUAAUAGGUAAAAUACCAGCUGUGAGCUGCUUGUCUUCAUUCUGUUCGUUGAGGCGACAGGGUUCAGAGUCAGGUCAGAAAUUUUUUUGAAUCCGCUCCUGAAAAUUGUCGUUCUUAUUUCCCAGGCAAAGUAAUUUUUACAAUGCUGUCACAAAUGGCAAAUAAAUGGCUAGAUACUGGGAUCUGGUGUGUUCUAGUUGCCGAUGAAGUAAAAAAAAUGUAAAUGGCUCCUGUGAUAAACCUUAGCUUACAAAAUAAAUAAAGUUUUACUAA